AUGCAAACCCUAACCCUAGCCCCAGCUGCGCCCCCAGCCACCUCCAUCUCCCUUCCCUGCCCUCGCCGCCAGCACCCCAGCCGCCGGCGCGCGCCUCCAACCGCCGGAGUCAGCUACAUUGUCUUCUCUCUCCAUCUUCUCAGCCAUACCUCCACCACUUUUAACCGUAGACCACCCAGGGCAUUCCUCUCCCUCUGGCCCCUCUCCGGCGUCACCCUUGAUCCUCAACGACAGUCCCCGCCGGUCGCCGUUGUCCCUACGAGCCGCGGCUGCCGCCUCCUUAGCUUGCGGCCACUCCAGGUCAGCCCGGGCCGAGGAGCUUCAGCUCCCUUCUUGCGCCGCUGCCGCCGCCGCCACCUUGGGUCGGCCGAGCCGCCCUCCCCCGGAGCCCUGGCGACCUCCCCCGUUGCCUGCCGCCGUCGCCGAGCGCCACCGUCGCGUUGCUGCCGCCCUGCGAGCUCCCUGGGAGAGCUCGGGCCGAGCUGGGCUUGCCGCCAUCCCUUCACACAAUCGCGGCUUGGAGCCACACCGACGAUGACUCCCGCGACCCUCCGGCACCCUAGACCCCGGCCGAAGCGGUCACCGCCGCCGCCGCACGCCUUGGGAGCCGCUGCGGCGACCCUCAAUCCGAGUCGAGCUCGGGUGGCCGCACCCGAGCUGCGGGCCGCCGCCGCCGUUGCCCGCCACCUCCCUCCUCCUCCUACCCCGGGAGGGCCCUCGCCGCUGAUCGGUGUCGCCCCGAGGUUGCCGUCGCCGGAGAAGCCGAGCCCGAGCUCCUCUCUCCUCGUGCGGGCUAGGGCAUCGCAACAUGCUUCUCCGGCUGCCUCCCGCCGGCAUCUAGUGUUAGCAGCGACCUCCCCCCACCGGCCGCACUUUCCUGCUGCCGGCGCUCCCACCGCAGAGUCCGGUAAGCUUAGUUAA